AUGCUUCACCAAGUAAACUCUUCAUUUUUCACUGGUGAUGAUGAUGAGUAUAUUAGUGAAGAUUUAUUGAGCUCUGAUCCUGAUAACUCAGAGGAUGAAAAAGGGCCUAGGUUUGAGAAGUUUAAGAAGGAGAAGUUUAAUAAGGAUUUUAAGUUUAAGUGGGGUAUGGAGUUCAACACCUUAGAUGACUUUAGAGAGGCCAUCCGGGAGUGGACAAUAUUAAAUUGGAGAGAAAUUACUUUUGUAAAAAAUGAGGGGUAUAGAGUGAGGGUUGAAUGUAAGGCCAAAUGUGGGUUUUUAAUGAUUUGUUCUAAGGUGGGCCAUAAGCACACUUUUGCCAUCAAGACUAUAAAAGACACCCACACAUGUGCUAGGAUUUUGGACAACAAAAGUGCAAGUUCAAAGUGGGUGGCUAAGGCUGUGGUUAAAAAGAUGCAAACCUCUGACAAGGUAGGGAUCUAUGACAUAAUCCAAGACAUGAGGCAAAAUUAUUCUGUUGGGAUAACUGUGUGUAGGGCAUGGAAAGCUAAGUUGAUUGCAAAGAAAAUUAUUGAAGGAGAUGCAGACAAGGAAUAUGUAAACUUGUGGAGGUAUGCACUUGAGUUGCUUAGGGUUAAUCUUGGAAAUACUGUGAAGAUCAACAUAACCCUUCAUGGGGUAGAUGGUUUCCAUUUGAAAACCAAGUAUGGAGGUCAACUUUUGAUUGCUGUUGGAAGAGACCCAAAUAACCAAUACUUCCCCUUGGCAUUUGGAGUGGUGGAAACAGAAACAAAGGAAUCAUGGAGGUGGUUUAUACAAUUGUUAAUGGAAGAUAUUGGACAAGAUAAAAUAUAUGUGUUUAUUUCAGAUCAACAAAAGGGUCUGGUUGAAGUGUUUGAAGAAAUGUUUGAAAGAAUUGAACAUAGGUUAUGCUUGAUGCACUUGUAUGCAAAUUUUAAGAAAAAGUUUGAUGGUGGGGCAUUGAUAAGAGACUUAAUGAUGGGAGCAGCCAAGUCAACAUACCAACAAGCAUGGACAUUGAAGAUGAAUGAGUUGAAGGUUGUAGAUCCAAAGGCUUGGACAUGGCUAAUGGCAGUUCCUACUAAAUCUUGGUGUAAGCAUGCCUUUAGUUUCUAUCCUUGGUGUGAUGUACUUAUGAAUAACAUAGCUGAGUCUUUCAAUGCCACUCUUUUAAUUGCUAGAGAUAAACCUAUUUUGACUAUGUGUGAAUGGAUUAGAAAAUAUCUGAUGAAUAAGUGGAGUUCUUCUACAUUGAAGCUAGACAAGUGGCCACACAAAGUGAUGCAUAUUCUUAGGAAAAGACUAGAUAAUAAGGUAGCUAUGAGUGGUCAUUGGUUGCCAACUUGGGCUAUUGAAGAAAAGUUUCAGGUCACCCAUGCUUAUAACAGACAAGAAUUCAUUGUUGACAUUGCUAAAAAGUCAUGUACUUGUAUUCUUUGGAAACUAGUAGGUAUUCCAUGUAGACAUGUUGCCAUUGCAUUAGGGUUUAGACAACAGAACCCAAAGGAUUUUGUUUAUGAAUAUAACACAAGAUAUAAGUAUGCCAUGUGCAUGAUGUGCUAUGGAUUUGCUGUUAGUCCCAUAAAUGGCAAUGACAUGUGGCCUGAGGUUGAAGGUGAAGAGCUCCUACCUCCUAAUUACAAAAAGGGGUCUGGUAGGCCAAGGAAGUUAAGAAUUAGAGAAAGUGGUGAAGAAGGAGCCAAAAGAAGGUUACCUGGUGUAUCUUAUAGAUGCACUAAGUGUGACAAGGUGGGACAUAAUGUGAAGUCAUGUAAGAGCAAAAGACAAAAUCCAAAUGCAUUGAAAAGAAAGAAGAGAAUAAGACCAAAUGCAUGUGAAGAAGAAAGCCAGACUGGGAUAUUAUUUGGGGAUGUCAUUGAUGAUAUGAUUAGUAGCCUAUCAGACAUAAAUUCUCAUGUUCAAAGUCAAGCCUCAACAAGUAACUUAAACAAGGGUAAGGCAAAGAUAGCUGUCAAACCAAUUAGAAGGAGAUCGAGUGAGAGGAUAAAGGAGAACUGGUUCAAAAAACCUAAACCAUUCACAGGUCCUAGUUCUGACCCUGAGCAACCAAUAUGCAUAGACACUGAGGAAGAGGAGCCAUCAAAGACUACUCCUAAAAAGGCAAGGAAGGGUACUAAAGGUACUCCUAAGAAGGCAGAGAAUAGUACUCCUAAGAAGGCAGGGAAGGGUACUCCUAAGAGGGCAGGGAAGGGUACUCAUAAGAAGGCUACUCCAAAAAAGAAGUGA